AUGGCUGCCAUAAGGACCAUGCAACUAGGGCAAUUUCUUGACUCGGUCGAUGGCAGAGCAUGUCGACUAGGUGUUAUCACACUGAUCGCAGUUCUAGUAAUUUCCUUAACCAUUACUCGAUCAUGGCUGCGGCUGAAACAUAUCCCUGGACCACCCAUGUCGGCUUUGACAAACUGGGUUCGCCGAUCGUGGGUUGUCACUGGUGAUGCGCAUAGGAUACAUACGGCACUUCAUCGCAAAUAUGGCACGGUGGUACGAAUCGGGCCAAAUGUAGUCAUGGUAUCUCAGCCACAGGCCAUUGACACAAUAUAUGGUUUCAAGACCAGGCUGGAAAAGUCGGAGUUCUACGACUCAAUUAUGCCUCGAAUCAUGGGUGGAAAACUCCCCGAUAUCUUCGCAACGCGAGAUGAAGGCAUCCAUCGGCAGAUGAGAAAGCCUGUGGCCCGUUUCUUCUCGGUCACCAAUUUGACUACCUUCGAGGCGGCGAUGACAUCCACCAUGGAUCGAUUUCUCUCCCGUUUGAAUGAUACCUUCGCAAACCGCGAUGAGACAUUCGAUCUUUUCCGUUGGAUUCAAUUUUUCAUGUUUGACGUCCUUGGUGAAGUCACCUUCUCGCGCGAUUUGGGCUGUAUUGAAAAGGGCGAGGAUGUCAAUGGCAUCAUGGCAAAUAUUUGGUCAUAUUUUGGGCAGGUCGCCGCGAAUACCCAAAUGCCUUGGCUCGACUAUCUCUGGAGAGACAACCCGUUGGCGCCCCAAUCGGCCAAGAGCAACCCCCUGGCUGAGUUCGCAUUCGCUCGGAUAAUGGAGAGAGUAGAGUCAAGUGAGAUUGACAAACAGAAUGCAUCUCACAACGACUUUUUGUCGUGCUUCCUUCGGGAACAAGCCAAAGACAACACUCUGCCACAGCUGUUUGUUCCUACUUGGGUGAACUCGAACAUCAUUGCCGGUGCGGACACUACUAGCAUCCUUGCUAGUGCUACGGUAUAUUACCUUCUCAAAAACCCUUCAUCACUCGCAAAACUUAGAGAAGAGAUAAAAGAAGCCGCAGCUCAUGGCCGUCUCUCGCGAUGUGCCACAUGGAAGGAGUCGAGAGAACUGCCAUAUCUAGAUGCCUGCGUCAAAGAAGCCACCAGAUUGCAUCCUCCCUUUGCUCUUCCUUUUGAGCGGAUAGUACCCAAGGAGGGAAUGGAAGUCGAUGGCUUGUUCAUUCCCGGGGGGACAAGAGUCGGGAUUAAUCCCUGGGCGAUGCAGCGCGAGGCAUCAGUGUUUGGCGCAGACCCUGAUGCGUGGCAACCCGAACGCUGGUUAUGCAGCGAAGCGAAUCAGCAGCAAAUGUACAAUUCCCUUUUAACAUUUGGUGCUGGUCAUCGAAGUUGUCUUGGAAGACACCUGGCCUACUUCGAGAUUUACAAGCUUGUUGCAUCAUUGUUGCAGCAUUUCGAGGUCAGUUAUAGGGUAUAUUUGGAAUCAUCAUACUGA